AGUCACCAAAACAUCAACACUCCUUCGAAUGAUCCGGGAAAGCGACAAAUAAAAAUUGACAGCGCCGUGCUCAUAUCAGUCUAGUGGAGCCUUUGCGUGACUAAGGAUUACAACUAAGUGGAUAUCAAACUUCACCGAUAUCUGAGAAGAAGAUUAAAAGGAAUAAACCUAGAAGGAGAUACGGAACAUCGUAACCCACGUAGCCCUGUCUAGUAAAAUUACCAAGUCGAAACAAAACACUCCUUGACAAAUACUGACAUUAUAUUUUACUAGAAAUAAACAACAUAAUCUAGAUUUUUCCACAAGGAACGGAAAAUCUUGAUCUUCCAACAAGCAACGAAUACACAGGGAAAAAAGAAGUUAAGAAGAAGCGGCAGCACGACUCCAAACUCAAGCAUCUAAUCAAACAUCACAACCACACCUCCUUCCCUCUUCCCUCCCUUCAGUCUUGGGCACACAGAAAGGGCACAUAGGCUUUCUCAGACUUCACGUCAGAGUAAUCUACUCUCCCACUCCAGUGCUGCAAGGACACAAGACCUACCAUUAUGACGCCACGGCCACGCGUUUGGUCUGCUUAUCAAGAUGCGUGCAGGAGAUAAAGAAACAUUUAUAAAUAUUAUGGGCCUCAGGCUUUCCAAACCAGAGUGCAGCAGUAGCCCAUCAGACGGUGUGGGCACCAUGGCACAGGUCGCUUAUGCACAGGUCAGGCAGCCAAGCCUUGGGCGCGGACGGAAACUGUCGGUAGCAACCUUGAGGAACUUAGAGACUAUUCAGAACACAGACGGUGUCAUAGAAGCCUGGCUGGGAGAACAGGACAACGUGUUUUACGUCACCCUCAGAAAUCUACGCGUCAUCUGCCUGCGGGGGUUCCACCUGACGGCCCUGGUAGAUCAUAUCAAACAACUUGAACAGGAAGAAUCUGACGCAAACGAACAGAAGAUGGGAGAGAAAUCUGCCAGUGAGCUACGUCAGAAGCUUUCUCCUCCACACGAUUUCGCUUCUUCUUCGUUGAACAUCAAAAGCCUGGCAAAGAGAAGAAGACGUCGGAUGCUAGAGAAGCGGGCGGGGUCACACGAUAUCUCGUCAUUUGAGUCAACGACUUCGCCGGAAGAUAAACCUGUUACUUUUUCGGCAAAAACCACUGAAGUCAGUACGUCAGAACAACUCGGUUCCGCUUCAGAUUUAAAGUCCCAGUCGUGCAAUGGUAGCACAAGUGAAGAUCUGUUGAGCGAUAGUCGUAAUGAGGAGUUGGAGAAAUGGACUCAGAUCGCAGCCUCCUAUUUCGAGGCCAUGGGAGUGGUCAAGGACAUUGAUUCUAUUGAAAUUUUCCGCUCUUUUAAUCUGAGGUCUAGCAAAAAUGCUGGUAGUGAUAUGUGUGCCCCUCAAACGAAAAUUCGGACAAGGGCCUCACCAACUCAUUCUUUUCUGUCCGAUUCCGACAACGGAUCUGUACAUUCCGAGGCGAGACAGUUGGCAGGCAGCGGACUAGCGGAAACUGGAUACUCAUCAAACACUCUAACGCGCAGCGAAAUUCAGCCGUUUAACAGGCCAGAUGUGCCCCUGGUUGGAGCAAGUGCAAGAAAGAAUGCUUUUGCAAGAGAACAAACCAAAGCUCUCAGCUUAGAUUCCCAUCAGCAAAAUCAGCUGAGAGCAGAAGCAGAAGCAAAUUGGACCAUCAGAAAACGUUUUAUUAAAGUCCCUCGAUCCGGGCGCUCCAAAGACAUUUACUUAUCAGGAGCAGACACACUUGGGGGUCUUCCAGAAGACUCGUACCAUCCUCUGACCCACAUGGAUACCCGUUCAGGCUUACGUUCCCGCCUCCAACGCGAUAGUAGCUUUAACCCUGAGAGACGGUCGUUCUCAAUGCCGGAAACUCCCAUACAUCUCGAAGAGGACUCACUGAUGGGUCCUUAUCGUAUGCCGCCUCUUUCACUCAACUUGGACGAGAUUAGUAACGAAAAUACAACCCAAAAUGCUCCCGAUUCCACCCAUUCGGGAGGUGAACCAACUUCUGAUCUAUUAGGAGUCACGUUUAUUGUUGGUGGCAAGGGCGAUGUCAGAGAUAAAGAUCCAGGAAAAGGAAAUUCCGAGGAUGUUUCGAAUGACUUCACCAUGAACUCGGCGUCUUACUUCUCAUCGUCCAGUUCAAACCAAGAAAAAGUGAAUUGGAUCUCCGAGACGCCAGCUACAAGACGCUCUGAUGGCAGUGACGCAAAGUCAAAACGAGCGGCAUUUUCCAGGCGGAGGGUAGAGAACUGUUCCCCCGCGUCCUCCACGGAGGUCACAGGCGCUGGCGAUAUCAGUCCGUCUUCGAAUGGUGGGUUCAGUUCAGACUUGUCGUCUUUAGCGAGUGCUGAGGAAGGGAAGACGUAUAAAAAAGCUACUAAGUCACAAAAGAAGAGAAGCGACGGUUUGUGAGAGGGAAUACUUGGGACAUGUGCAAUGUGUUUAUAUCUUCAAUAGCAUUAUCUUCUUUUGCUCUCUCUCUCGCUAAUGAUCGGCAGAAACAAAAUGUAAACAACUGUUGCUUUCUGUUAACAUGGUUGACAACAGUAUGUUUCGUGUUUCUUUUACUGGGGUUAAGCUCGUUGUGUUAAGCUAAUACAGUGUAAAGCCCAUCUAUACACCCAAUUUUUCUUUGGGCGAGACCACCAAUGUUUGAAUUUACUUUUUAACCUUCAAGAGUUUUACGUUUGCUUUCUAAACGCUCGAAAUAGAUCCCAGAUCGAGCUUGCCAAAUCAAAAGAGCACGAUUUUUCUUCUGUACGGUAUACAGUACACGCCCUUUGGAAGUUUGCAUGAAUGCAUAAAUGAAAUAUUCAUAUUGUUUCAUUAUUAUAAACUGCAUAAAUAAUGAUCAGCACUGAACCUUCCCCAUACUGAUUUGUUGUAUGUUGUAGGCUAUGAAGAGUAUAGUCAAGCUCUUCGCUUUCCCAUGCAGGAAACAUUGACACUUCUGCGACGGGAUGUAAAGUUAUCGCUCUUUUUCGUCUUUCUGGUGGGAUUAUGCUUUUUUCUGAAAGGCAAAGUCUGUGCAAACCGCCUUAAUGAUCUAAAUGGUGUCGAUUGUGACGUAACACAUUCACUAUCUACCAGUCAGUAAUAGGUAUUGCAAUCGUGGAAAGCCUUGGUCGGUAUUAACUUCACCUCUCCCCGCCUCCCAAAUUUUUUUAUUUAUAAACUUGGCUUGAACUGUGAUGUAUCAUUGCUGUGAUUCCAAACUUAGACCGCACCCAUGUUUCGGACGUACAACGUAUUCAUACUUGUCAUUUCAAAGAACAUACUUUCAGUCCGCUGGGCACUGGCGUCUGUGGUGUGGUGGUUAGGCACUUUACUGUCACUUGCAUGAGACCACAGUGCGAUUCCUUCGUGGGGAGAAUUUCUAUAGAUUAUUUCGGUUUUUCCGCCGGGACGUGGUAUUCCUCUCAGCCCAAGUUGUCAGGGUCAAAGCCCGUCUCUUAAGUGAUCUACAUUGUGUCUAUGGGGGUACGUUAAAACACCCACAUAAAAGACAUUCUGCCAGGGUCCUGUCCUGAUGACCUUGAUUCGAAUUCCCCAUGAGGCCUUAUUGGGCAUGGUCAGCUAAGUAGUUUUCAAAGCUCUUCAUCCAAUCCGACUAGUCCUUUAGAAGAAGGGGGUUAAUUUCGAGAUCCAGCCUCUUUAACGACCGGAUAGUGAUCAAAGGGCCGCUGCACCCAUACCAGUUGUCUUAUUUUUUACAAUGUGCAUUGUUUGCGAAACAGCCGAAUAUCUAGUAAUUUAUUAUCUGUGUUUUACCCACAAACUGCCAAAAGAUUUUUUGCCGUGCUUUCACCUAUUGUAUUUAUGCCUAUAUAUAUAAAACAUAUGUGAAAUAUAAUGUAUAUGAACAGACACAUGUAUAUUAUUUAGGAGGAGAUGCAAAAGUAUUCAUUCAUUAAGUAUCAAUCACAUCAUUUUUAUGAUACUUAAACCGUUUAACUAUUAGCACAUGAAAUUAGUUGGCCUUCUUGUAAAUCACCAGUGUAAUUAAUCAUAAUUUAUUUAACUAACUAAAUGUGCUAAUCACAUUAAAUGAAUUAAGUAUUAUAACGAUGAUGUGAUACUUACCUUUUCAGCCCCCUUGAAUACACACUACUAUAAAUCUAUUUGCAUACACAUUUAUUCAUAUGUGCAGACACAUCUAUUAUCUAUUUGUGGUGGCCGAAUUUUGCUAUUCAA